AUGGCCGCGUGCGAAGCCAAUCCUAACGCAGCCAAGUCGGAAUUCCUCCAAACUCAACAGCGCCACUACCCUUCCAAUCACAUCCUCAUCUCCUGCGGGACCGUACCCGUCGAUCCUUCUACGCGGAAAAUUGCCGUCCUCCGUGACAGCGUUGACAGCACCGUCUGGCUCCCAAAGGGCCGCAAAGAGAUUGGCGAGGAUCUUCUCGCUACAGCUCUCCGAGAGACGCGUGAAGAGACGGGUUUGAAAGUCGAGGCGUUGCCCCUCAAAGUCGCUACACGCGCGACGCCGAGUCAGGCUCUUGAGGGGACGUUUCCUGUUGGUGAGAAUCCGGAUGUCACUGACGGUUUGCUGAACUCCGAACCCUCCUCCGUGUGUGUAUAUCCAUGCAUCUACACCGGGGCGCUCAAGAUGGUGUUUUGGUUCGCGGCGAAAGUUGAUGAGGGGGACGUUCCGGUGGAGGUGGCGCAGGCACCUUGGGAUGAGAAUGUGAGAUUGGAGUGGGUUAAGGCACGAGACGUUGCGGCCAUGAUGGCGUUCAAGGCGGAUGGGGACGUCAUUGAAAAAGUGUUGGCUGACAUGAGGAACUCAGGCUAUGAUAUUUGA